UUUUAUUUUAUUUUAUUUUAUUUUUUUUUAACCAAAUAAUAACACACACACACACAACUAUAUACAUAUAUAUAUUUAUAUACAUAUAUAUUUAUACACACUCAUAGGGAAAUAUUGAAUUAAAAAAAAAAUGUCUAAUAGACCUGAGUUUGGUGUGUCAUCCUCUUUCCGUAAAGGAAAAGGAGGGAAUGGUGUUAAUAAAGGGACAGUUCAGUCUACAACAUCCUUUCAACAAUUUGGACUUCCUUCAAGUAAUUUCAAUGAAGCAUCUAAUGUUGAUCAACGAUUUGAAGAUGUUUAUAAUCUUGAUGCAAUGGAAGCCACAUUUGGUUUUGAUAGAUAUCAAGAAGGCCCUGAAAGAUUAGGCUGGUUAUUAAAUAUGCACGAAACACUUAUCAGGGACUCAGACUGGCCUAAUGGUAGAUCAGGUGUAGACUAUUAUUUCAUUAAUGAUAAUGGAGAGACUUUUAAAACAACACUCAUAUUUAGUCCAUACUUCUUUAUUGGUUGUAAGCCCGGUACAGAGGAUGAAGUUGAAGAUUAUUUACAUAGACGUUUUGAAGAUACCAUUGAAAAGAUGAAAAGAGUUAAAAAGGAAGAUUUAAAACAACCUAACCAUUUAAUUGGUAAUACCCGUACAUAUAUUCAACUUUGUUUUCGAAAUCAAUCCGAUCUAUUUUCUGUGCGUAAGAUAUUAUUACCUAUUGCAAAAAAGAAUCAAGAAAAAGCAAAAAAAGUAGAUGCUUAUGCAGAAGUGUUAAAUGCUGCAAAUAAUAUUAGAUAUGAGAAUCAGACACAUUCAGCAGCUUUAUCCUCACGUAGACAUCCUGAAGAAACAUUAGAAAAUAUACUAGAUAUUCGUGAAUAUGAUAUUCCAUAUUAUGUUCGUGUAGCAAUUGAUCUUGAUAUUCGUGUUGGUCUAUGGUAUAUUGCAAAAGCGCAACAAGAUGGUACAGUCACUUUAACUAGACAAUCACAAUUAGUUCAUCGUCCAGAACCAGUAGUAUUAGCUUUUGAUAUUGAAACAACAAAAUUACCACUAAAGUUUCCUGAUGUUACAAUUGAUUCAAUUAUGAUGAUUUCAUAUAUGAUUGAUGGCAGAGGUUAUUUGAUUACAAAUCGAGAUAUUGUGAGUCAAGAUAUUGAAGAUUUUGAUUAUACGCCAAAGCCUGAAUUUGAAGGACCUUUCACGAUUUUUAACGAAGAAAAUGAAGAAGCUGUCAUAAGAAGAUUUUUCGAACAUAUUCGAGAAGCCAAACCUACUAUAUUUGUAACCUAUAACGGUGACUUCUUCGAUUGGCCGUUUGUGGAAGGAAGAGCAAAGGCAAAUGGAAUUGAUAUGUAUAAAGAGAUUGGUGUAUAUAAGGAUGAAGAGGAUGAAUAUAAAUGUAAACAUGCAAGUCAUAUGGAUGCCUUUCGAUGGGUUAAGCGUGAUUCUUAUUUACCACAAGGUAGUCAAGGUUUAAAGGCAGUAACUACAGCAAAACUAGGUUAUAAUCCUAUGGAAUUAGAUCCAGAGGAUAUGACACCUUUUGCAAGUGAACAACCUCAAACAUUAGCUCAAUAUUCAGUUUCAGAUGCUGUUGCCACUUAUUAUCUCUAUAUGAAAUAUGUACAUCCCUUCAUUUUCUCAUUAUGUAACAUUAUUCCUCUUAUACCUGAUGAAGUCCUCAGAAAGGGUACGGGUACACUUUGUGAAUUAUUACUUAUGGUUGAGGCAUAUAGAGUCAAUGUGAUUAUGCCAAAUAAACAUGUGGAUGAAGUUACUAAAUUUUAUAAUGGACAUUUAUUAGAAAGUGAAACGUAUGUUGGUGGUCAUGUCGAAGCUCUAGAAGCAGGUGUAUUUAGAAGUGAUAUCAACAGUGAUUUUAAAAUUGACCCUACUGCUGCACAAGAAUUGAUUGAUCAGUUGGAUGAUGCACUCAAAUUCACUAUUCAAGUAGAGCAAAAGAAAAAUUUAGAAGAUGUAAUAAAUUAUGAUCAAGUAAAAGCUGAAAUCCAAAAGAAAUUAGAAGAUCUUCGUGAUCAACCUUUACGACAAGAGCCACCUCUCAUUUAUCACUUGGAUGUUGCUGCUAUGUAUCCAAAUAUUAUCUUAACAAAUCGACUCCAACCUGACGCUAUGGUAGAUGAAUCUAUGUGUGCUAGCUGUGCUUUUAAUGUCAAUGGUAAAUCUUGUGAUCGUCGAAUGAAAUGGAUUUGGCGUGGAGAAUAUUUUCCAGCAAAGCGGGAUGAAUAUCGUAUGAUUGAAAACCAACUUAGUCAAGAAACAUUCCCCUCCAAGCGUCCUCAUGAACGACCUCGUAACUGGAAUGAAUUAACCGAAAACGAAAGAUCUAGUUUACUUCGAUCUCGUCUUACUGAAUAUUGUAAAAGAGUUUAUAAGAAAGUGAAGGAGGUGCGAUCGGUUGAACGCGAGUCUAUCGUUUGCCAGCGUGAAAAUCCUUUCUAUAUUGAUACUGUACGUGCCUUCCGUGAUCGUCGUUAUGAAUACAAGGGGCUUCAUAAAGUUUGGAAGGGAAACCUGGACAGUGCCAUCAAGGAUGGUUCAGCUACGAAAAUUGCUGAAGCCAAAAAUAUGAUUGUACUUUAUGAUUCCCUUCAAUUGGCUCACAAAGUUAUUUUGAAUUCAUUUUAUGGUUAUGUCAUGAGAAAAGGUGCGCGUUGGCAUUCACUUGAAAUGGCCGGUAUCGUCUGCCUCACGGGUUCAAAUAUUAUUCAAAUGGCUCGUCGUCUAGUAGAACGAAUAGGUCGUCCCCUUGAGCUAGAUACAGAUGGUAUUUGGUGUAUCUUGCCAAGGACUUUCCCAGAGACUUUUACCUUUACACUUUCUAAUGGGAAAAAAUUCAGAAUCGAUUAUCCAUGUACCAUGUUAAAUCAUUUAGUUCAUGAUCGCUUUACAAAUGACCAGUAUCAGAGACUUGUAAAUCCAGAGACAUUUGAAUACUCUGUUAGUAAAGAGAAUAGUAUUUUCUUUGAAAUUGACGGUCCUUAUCGUGCCAUGAUUUUGCCAUCCUCUACGGCAGAGGAUAAGCUUCUUAAAAAACGUUAUGCCGUUUUCAAUAAAGAUGGUUCCCUGGCAGAAUUGAAAGGGUUUGAGGUCAAACGUCGUGGUGAAUUAAAGCUUAUUAAAAUUUUUCAGUCGGAAAUUUUCAAUGUCUUCCUGGAGGGUAAUACACUUGAAGAAUGUUAUGCUGCUGUAGCGAAAAUUGCAGAUCGCUGGCUAGAUGUGCUUUACAGUAAAGCUAUCGACUUGGCAGAUGAAGAGUUAUUUGAUUUGAUUUCUGAGAAUCGUAGCAUGUCAAAGACGUUAGAAGAAUACGGUAGUCAGAAGUCAACCGCUAUUAGUACGGCAAGACGUCUUGCUGAAUUUUUAGGUGAUCAAAUGAUCAAAGAUAAAGGCUUAGCCUGUAAAUUCAUUAUAUCUGCACGUCCCUACGAUCUUCCGAUCUCUGAACGUGCUAUCCCGGUUGCAAUCUUUCAAGCAGAAUCUAGUGUUAAAAAGCACUUUUUGCGAAAAUGGUUGCGUGAUAAUAGUUUACAGGAUUUUGAUAUUCGUAGUAUCCUUGAUUGGGAUUAUUAUCUCGAGAGAUUUGGUUCCGUCAUUCAAAAGCUGAUUACCAUUCCAGCCGCUAUGCAAAAGGUUCAAAAUCCAGUACCACGAGUAAAACAUCCUGAUUGGCUUUCUAAGCGUGUCGCUGCUAAAGAUGAUAAGUUUAAACAACAUCGUAUCACAGAUAUGUUUAGUCGAUCAGAUAAGCCAUUACUUCCUGAAAGAAUGGAUAUUGAUGACAUUGAAGAUUUUGAUGUGCCAGGUGCGAAUACGAAUGGUCAAUUACCAAAGAUUGCAAUCACCAAGAAAAGAAAACGUAGUUCUGUUGCAGAAGUAGUAAUUGAUUUAGAUGCACCUUUACCUCCUGAAGACCUUCCAGAGAAUAUACCCAAUUGGCACAAUGAUUAUCCUGCCUGGCUUGAAUUCCAAAAGCGUAAAUGGAAGAGACAACGCUUAAGACGUGAACAUAAUCGAAAGAUGGCAAAUGAUCCUUAUUUCUUGUCUUCAUUAUCUAAUAACAACAACAACAACAGCAACAACAACAACAAUAUGAAUACAAGGAAUUUCUUUCGUAAACAAACUGGUUCACUUAUUACUAGUGUUUGGGAGGUAAUUCAGAUCGUAGAAACAGACAUCCCUGGCGAAUAUCGUAUGUGGAUUAUGGUGCAAAAUCAAAUGUUUAAUAUCCGUCUAACUAUCCCUCGUACCUUUUAUUUGAAUUCUAAGGAAGAUGAUCCGGUGUCAAUACAGGCAUCUAAUCCCAAUUGCUUUAUCACCAAAUGUUUACGUACCUUACCUAGAUCUCAUCCUGUCUAUCAUCUCUAUCAAAUGUCAAUGCCAGAAGCAACUUAUCAAAAUGAAAUCAAGACAUUUACGAACAUAUUUAAUCAUCCCUCAACGGAAGGUGUAUAUGAGGCACAAGUUCCUCUAUUGAUUCGUGCUAUUUUACAACUAGGUGCCACCUGUCAAUUUGACAGAGCUAAAGGGAUUGUGGGUCGAAAGAUUGAAGAUCAAUUUCAUUUGUAUGAUCUAAUAGAACGUCCAGAGAUGAUACAUAGUUAUAUGAGUGAUCCAAAGAUGUUUCAAUACAUCUAUCUCUUCCAUGCACAUUCCGACAAUCGUCACUUCUUUACCCUUAUAGGUGCCUCUAUUCCAGUGGCACAGGUGUUUAUUGUAGGAUUAUCAAAGAAAAGUCAACAGAUACCGAAUAUUGUACGUCUUUAUAAAGAAAUGUAUCAAAGGAUCUUUAUUGAGAAUCAGCCACCCAGUGAUACCGUUGAAAUAAGGGAAAAUGCUGAAUUUGAAACAACUCAUUAUUCAACUGAACAGGAGGCACUUCGAGCGAUCAACAAGGCGCUUUCAAAUUACCUUGAUACAAAACGUGGUAAAGUGAUCUUGGCCAUCAACUCUCCUCGCUCAUCUUCUCAUUUAAUUCAACACGCUCGUAUGUUGACUUCCUUACCUUUUGUCAGAAUUCCUUCAUUACAACAAGAUAAUCGAUUUGACGCUCUUAAUUGGGUCCAACCUAUCAUUAAUCGAAUGUUGAAACACUAUAUGGAGUUGGGAACUUGGAUUGAUGAAAAGAUAUCGCAGGCUCGAUAUGCGAAUAUUCCAUUCUGUAAUAUACCAGAUGAUCCAUAUUUAUUCAUGUCGGAUGUUAUGUUUGCAAAGAAACUGAUACAGAAUGAUAUGGUCAUUUGGUGGUCUGCUAGUCCUAUGCCUGAUCUUGGGGGUCGAGAAGAGGAUGAGAGUCUAGCGAUGACAAGUGAAAUUAUCAAUACCGAGUUAAGUUAUUCUGGUGCAUAUGAAAAUAUCUGUGUUGAAAUCGACAUCGUUGGGCUCUGUCUUAAUACAUUAAUUGAAGCUCAUGUUAUUAACGAACUAGAGGGUACAACAGGCGGAUUAUCUGGAUUUGACAGUACAGGCUACAACUUGGAUGAUUUUGCAAAUGGCACGGUGAACACGACUGCAGCAUUUGGGGAAGGCAUGAUCUCUAGUAAAACAUUUUCUAUGCUUCGAGGUGUCGUACAGCAAUGGUAUCAACAGUCUGUCGAAGAUAAAACAAAUCGAAUGGCUGAACAUAUGAUUGAUACACUUCAUAGAUGGCUUCUUAGUACAGACUCCUUUAUGUAUGAUCCUUCUUUAUAUGGUCUAGUUCAUAGUAUGAUGAAGAAAGUAUUUAUGCAAUUAGUUGCUGAGUUUAAACGUUCGGGGGUUACCAUUAUCUUUGCAAACUUUCAUAAGAUCGUUCUAACGACCACCAAGGAAACAUUAGAAAGUGCAUUACCUUAUUUUGAUUAUCUGUAUCGAAAUAUUCAACGUAAGCAAGUAUUUGAACUAUUAGAAUUAAAGUCUACUAUUUAUUGGAACGUAUUAUUAUGGAUGGAUGAGAAAAAUUAUGCGGGUGUGAUUGCAUCAGAAGAUAUCGAUCAGGGGCCUCCUGUUGUAACCAAAAAAUGGAACAUUGAAGAUUACUUGCCUGAAGCGGCUCGUAGCUUAUUCAGCAAACACACAUCUGCCUAUGUAUACAAACUGUACAACUUCAAGUGUCAAUUCCCUCGUGGCAUCAAUAGUCAAAUACAAGAGGUAGAGAAGACCGUACCAGAUCCUCGAGUAGAAAACUUACAGCUCUAUAUUAAACAUAAGAUUGCAAGAAAGAUGCUUCGCCUAGUGCCAGCCUUAGUCCGUCGACAAGAGGAACAACUUGCUCAUCCUGAUCCAGAUAUGGUAUUUCCAAAAUUAGCAGGAUCACACCUUACCAUGAAUAAUGUAGCUUUGGAAUAUGUUAAAUUUGUGUGUGCUGUUUUAAGUUUAGACGUUCGUGUUGAAGAUGAGGUUCGUGUCUUGAAGAGAAGUGCAUUAGAACUCGUAGGUGGUUUUAGUGAUUUUAGUAGUAUCGCACAAUUCUACAACCCCUGUGAAUAUUUCAAAUUGACCGAAGUUAUUUGUGCCUAUUGUAACUAUACAACAGAUUUGGAUUUCUGUAGAGAUAAAGAAUUGAUGCCAAUUCAAGGACAGGUUCAAGCAUGGCGAUGUAAGGGAUGUCAUUCAGAAUAUGAUAAACGUAUUAUUGAAGAUAGAAUGAUUAAGCAAAUUCAAAAUUGGUUUACUGCGAGUGAUCUACAAGAUUUGCGAUGCACUCGAUGUCGUACUAUUAAAGUAGAAAAUUUGAUGCGUCAAUGUGAUAGAUGUGGUAGCGAAUAUUCUAAAACUUUGAGCAAAGCAGAACUUAAACGUAAAUUGAAAGUAUUUGAAAAUAUCGGAAAAGAGCAGCAACUGAUUCGAUUAUCAGAAAUCAUUAAAAACUAUAAUAUGUAUUUAUAAUAACUCUAUACAAUCUUUUUUUUU